AUGGCUGGUCGCAUUUCGAGUUUAGAGCGCAGCCUGGCCGAAGCGACUGCGCAUGGGAAUCUGUCUUGUAACAGCUUAAUACCAAGCACGAUUAUGCAUGAGCAAGAGUUGCCUCCAGAGUUGCCAUUGAAAAAGAUAUCGACCGGCCAGUAUCUUGAUGAAAUACUGGUAACUCGAGUCGUUGGUGAAGACGAAAGUAUUGCAACUGCUCUAGCAGCAUCGCGGCACGAGCAGAGAGAGCUUCCAAGCUCUCCCUUCGACGUAAUGGGAAUUAUGUCCUUUCCUUGCUAUACCCAACAGCCUUCUGCAUUUCACCCUGGCAAAGCUGCUGCCGUCGAGCUUUGGAAUAUCUACCUGAACAAUGUUGAAAUCAUCCUCGGACUGAAGUUGACACAUAUCCCUACCGAUGAAGUCAGAGUUUAUUCAACUAUUGAUGAUCCUGUCACUGCAAAAUUGGACGAUCUUGCAUUUUGCUACAGUGUCUACUUUGCAGCGGCUGUGUCACUCGACGAUUCUACAGUGCUCUUCUUGGACAAGACCACGGAACUUCAACGUUUCAAAAUGGGUAUCGAACAAGCUUUUGCCCAUGGAGACUUCUUUAAUCGGCCAACAUUGACUGGCCUAAGAGCUUUAGCUAUAUACCUUUCAGCAAUACGUGUUCAUAAUCGAGGGAAAUCUGUUUGGAUUCUCAAUGGUCUCGUCAUUCGGGUCGCUCAAUCUCUUGGACUCUAUAAGGAUGGGAUUAGGCUUGGCUUGCCACCUUUUGAGUCGGAGCUCCGUCGAAGGCUUUGGUGGCAUAUUAUUACCAGAGAUAGCCGCUCCGGGGAGGACUUUGGUCUCGAAGACCCAAAUGACCUGCUAUUGACAUCUGAUGUCAAGCUACCCUUGAAUAUCAAUGAUGCUGAUCUCUUUCCGGGAAUGGAGGAGCUGCCAGCGGAACGGACCGAAUGGACCAGCAUGACGUUCUCAUUGAUCAAUAUCGACUUGGCCAAGGCUACGGAAAAGCUCAGAACUGGCAACGCCUCAGCAUCAAAAUUGAGAAAAGAAUGGAGAGAAAAAGUCUUUAAAGAAGUGUGUACUAAGACCAGGGCCAGACUAGAGAAUUGCAACCCAUUGACUCCGCACCAACGACUUACAGCCCACUGCACGGGCUUUCUUCUGCGCAAACUCGACUUCGUCACAAACCAACAAUGGCUCAUAUCGCAAAACAGGGAGGUCAAUGACUACGUACUAAAAGAGAAAACACUUGUCGCUGCGUUGGACAUCCUGGAAGCGAGGACAGGUGGAGAUGAUCCCUUUCUCACCCAGUUUGCCUGGGCUAAGAAGGUUCAUCCACAGUACCAUGUAACAUUAUAUGUUCUGUGGUACUUGUGCACUAAACCGAAAGGGUCACACGUCGAGCGCGCAUGGUGUGCCAUAGAUAGCAUCUUCAGGCAGGAGAUGGCUUUUGACUUCAUUGGCUGUACUGGAGCUAAACCAGCUGUUCUGAAGGCACUGAGGACUAAGGCUGAAACGCUGCGGAAGAAUUUGGAGGCACCAAAUGCACGUACUGGCUGUAACCUAGACCCUGCUACAUCAACUGAGCUAGGCCAUAUCGAUGACCCUUUGAAAUUCAUCGAAGGCUUCAAUUUCGAUGACGAGGUAUUGGAAGAUGGAGUUCCAUGGUCAUCGUGGACCUCACUACUCCAGGGGCUUCAAGCGGAUCAACCGAUGUUUCAAUAA